UUCCUUGUAAGGUCAAGGGUUGUGUACUGUUGUGUGGGAAGGCCUCGACUCGGUUUGUGUGAAAAUAAUGAGUAUUGUUUACAUCUGGUCGUCACAGAUAUGACAUUUCUUCCAAAACAUCAGUAAAGUACCAGUUGUGAUACGGCUACUUUCACAUGAUCGUUUUUCGGCAAACAUUCGUUAAACAAUACACUUCAACAUUCCAGCGCAGUUGACGUGUCAAACUAAAAUUGAAAUGUCAAGGCCGUAGCCCUGUUGCCAGUGUUGGUGGUGAGGGCUAAUGAACUGUCAACACUGAUCGCACCAAGACUGAACUGUUUACAACGUUUCGACCAUCAGACGACAAAAGAUGUGGCUUAAGUUAUGUCUUUUGUUGAUUUUCAUGAUUUUUCUUUUCAUCUUGGCGAGGAUAGUGGAGGCUGUGAGUUGGUUGGAAGCAGGAUUCCUUUCUCGUAGGCUCCUAGAUCCCAUGUCCCUGUCUGUCCUAAAACUGAAAGCUCUGCUGGAACAAAGAGGCGUUAGCUUUGAGGAGAUUGUACUUGAGAAAAAAGACCUCACUGAUCUUGUGGAAUCAUCAGGUCCUGUCACAGAAGGUGAUGUGGAGCUUGCAACUGUUGAUGAGAAAUCGACUGAGGUAACCAACUUCUCAUCCGGUGUUCAUUUCUUUGAGCAAGUCGAGGAUGCCAAGGACAGUGUCUGGUUAAUACAGAUUGUCACACAACAACGCAGACCUAGACUCCUCGGUGAUGUGGCCUGGUCCAAUAUACAGAAAAAGGUUUCCAGAUUCGGAGUUCGGGCGGGUGUUCUUGACUGCUCAUUAGAUAUCAGGUACUGUCACACACGAGGAUGGCAAUCCCCACAACUUAUGUUGGCCCUUCCUGAAGGCUUCGAGACCAAAGCAAACGUGAAAAUCCACACCUAUGGAGGACCCACUAAAGAGUCGGCAAUAUACAACUGGAUUAGAGAAAAACUAGAUGGAAAAGUACACAGAAUUACAAACUACAAAACCUUCAAGGACAGUUGGCUGACCUUUACGAAUCCGAAAACAAAUCCUGAAAUCCGAGCAGUAUUUUUAACUGAUCAGCAUUUUGUACCCAUGUUCUUCUCAGCCCUCAGUGUCAAAUUUCCUGGUCGGGUCAAGUUUGGAACAGUUGACAUUAGCUCUACAGAUGGAAUGCACAUUUUAAAUCUCAUUAAAAACAACAAAGAACGAUUUCAUUUGAAUAACUUACAAGUUCCAUUGUAUAUGAUUAUUACAUCUGAACGUAUUUCAUACUAUGGUACAAAGUCGGGUGAAAUAUUUUCAUUUUCCAAAAUGGAGAAAUAUCUUAAUUCACUUUAUCCUUGUUUAAAUGAUAUUUUCAUUUUCAGUUUUUUAGUUGGGAAUAUUCUAUCUUGUUUCGAAGUUUGUUUAGCCCAGGGCUCGAUCAUAAAAAGAUUUAAGCAGUUUGUUUGGUGCUUAAUCAAAUAUAACAUUCUUGUUAUCAUGCUUUGUCUUCCCCUGGUGGCCGUUUUUCAGUUGCCCUAUCUGGAUAAAAUGCCUUUAAUUGGACUCAAGCUGAUUAGAGAAUUUUCACUAACCACCAUGGGAAACACUAUGAGAAAUGACCUUUUCCUUUACACCAAACACUCCACUAUUUUAGCCGCUAUGUUUUUCCUGUACAUGUUUAUUAUUGGUGUAGCUGAAUACAGGCGGAAAGGCAGGGAGGAACCCGAAGAACAGGAAGAGAAUUUCUGGGAUUUCACACAGAUGAGGACGCUGGAACAUUUGUUGUCCCCGUACACAAUCCUGAACAUUGGUCAUCCUUACAGACUUCAGUCUGAUCUUGAAAUGGCAAUGAGACCCGUUGCAUCCGAGAAUUACAUCAAACAGCUUCCCACUUGGAAAUACACUCCUCAGGUGAAAUCCAACAUUUGCCGUGGAUCAGAGGCAGGGCUUGAAGGUGACCAUAGCAAUGUUGCUUCCAUUCCGUGUGAUGGUCAAGAUGAAACGGUUUCUGGAACAGAUAGCUUUAAGGUACCUCAGUCGUCAUGGCAAUGUCAGCAACAUUCUAGUACUGCUAGAAAUAUCCAAUCCUCAUGUGAGAAAUCUGUUCCUACUGCAGACCGUAAAUUAGAUAAUAAAAGUAAAAAGGUUGAUUCAAAUUUGACACAGCACGGCAAAUGUGUGGAAAUGUUGGUGGACAACUUUCCCCACGGUUACCUCCCUUCAUGUCAGUGUGUCAUAUGUCUCGAUGAUUAUGUCAGUGGCGUCAUGUUGUGUGGCUUACCCUGUGGACACCAUUUUCAUGAAAAUUGUAUCUUUACCUGGCUAAAGCUGGAUAAUCAUUUCUGUCCAGUUUGUCGUAGAUAUGCAUUCAAGGCUGUUUCAUCCAGUGUGCAUAUUCACUCCGAGUAAUGAUCUUUAUUCUAGAACUUGGUUUUCUUGCUAUAAAUGUUUCUUGUGUAAAUGUUUUUCUUUCUAGUAUAACAAAAUUUACUAAUAGCACCCUGCACAUUUGAUGCUGCAUUUCAUCAUAGAGAGUAAAGGCGUUUUGGGCUUGAAAUAGCAUGUUUGUUUGCCCAAAAAUUUUACUCAUAAAAUUUGAAAUCCUGAGGCUUGCAACCCCUGCAAUUAAAAAAAUAUCUAUGACAAAAAAACAUUCCAUGGAAAAACAUUUCUCAUAUAGUCCACCAAAAAAAAAAUGCGUAGAAAAUGAAAAAUUCCACGGCAUUGCCAAUUGCCGUGGACAAUUGCAUGGGUUGGGCUUGGAUAUAAUAAUAAUAGCUGGAGACAAAAAGGCACUUGGUCUGUGUAGGUUUGUGCAAUUGUAUAAACAUUUUGAUACUACCUAGAAGUAGGUGGGGGAAAAUCUUUAUUAUUGCAUUGUAUAAUUUUGUUGGGCUAGAAGAGCUAAAUAAUUAAAUUCUUUAAAAAUGUUUACACUUUUCAUUUGCGGGAACAAUUAAGAAUAUAUUCCACUGAUCAGAGUAUUAAAUUCAUUUAGGUUAGAGUUGUGUCUUUUCUUUCUUUCUUUUUUCUUCUAUUUUUUUUUUUAGGUGCUUUAUCACUGGCCUUGCUGGUGUUUUUUGAAGGGGGAAGGGAAUAAAGACAUCAGCAGUGUGUAGUUCUGGGAGUUUGAAAACUACUAACCAGAGUGUUAAUACUUAGUACAUUUUUAAAUAUAAAGUAUAGCACUUGGUGAUUCCUGCAUAUACACAAGUAUGUAAUUAAUACACACUUAUUUAUUCUCUGAAAAAAAUGUUAGCCAUUUUUGCUAUGAAUUUAUUAUCCGUCAGUUUUGUGUACAUUUUGUAAGAUGAGGAAGCCAUGUUUUUCAGCUGGUUUAAAUUUAAUACCUAAAAGCAAUGAACAAAUAUACAUUCAGCUUGGUCUUCAGUUGUCUACUUUAAUUACACAUACAAAACUUAAUUAGUUUUUUAAAAAUUCAGUUGUUAUAUACCUAGAAACCAUACUUUGGUUGAUAACCUUCAUAAUUUUUCAUAAAAUUGAUCUUGUUAAUAAACUAUGUAACUAUAAAUAAGGUGGGUGGGUGGAAUGUUUCUGUUUUUUCCCCAUAAUUUUUAUGGUAGUAUCUGGCUUGUUCAGUUUUGCACGUUAGUGCAGAAUAUGGUAAAACCCACUGAUACAUAAUUAACAAAAUGUAUUGUGUUUAUAACUACCAUAUAAUGAUAUAUUUACUUAAGGGACUACCCUGAGUUUCUAGCCAUUGCAACAUUUAUUUACAGCUAUUUAUUUAAUUCACAUGUGGCUGAAGUUCAGUGUGUUUUGUCAUUGCUCUGUACAUGUACACUAUAAAGUUUACAUGCAUGAUGUAAAUUUGUAGGACAUGUGUCUCUAGCAAAUUGCGUACAUAAUCAGCAAACAUACAUUUAGAUUGUCUCGAUGAAAUUAUUAAAAUGGAACUUUAUUUAUAGGGCCGAAUUUACAAAGCAUUUUUCUUAGACACAGGUGUUUAAGCAUUGUAAAUGUCUGUAGUUAAACGUGUGUAUGACAUAAAUAGGCUUUAUAAAUUCGGCCCAUUAAUUCUAGAAUAUGUUAUUUAUAGACUUCUGGUAUAUGUGCAUUUUUGUCUCCCUUAUUGAAGCAAAUGUAUUUAGUACGAGCAACAUUUAAUGAAUUUUAAAACAAAAUUAAAAACAUAUUUUUUAUUCCUUUUCACAACAAUAAGGUAUUUAUAAUCUUUCCUAUAUGAUCAUUAGAAUUAUAUAAAACUUUGUAGGUAAUGUCUUUUAAAAAUCAAUAUUGAAAGGUCCUAGAACUGUGUUUACUAAUACACAACACAAACCUAGCUAUAGUUACAAAUUCCAAUACAUUUAUGUGCUUUUCCAGUCAGCAGAUAUCAUUAGCCAUCUUGAUGCAACAUGCAAUGUCAUGGUUGUAUUGCCCAGGAGAGAAUGCUUGAACUGUAAUUGGAUAUAAGCAUAAAAAUAAAGUUGAAAUAAAAAGCAGCAUGCACGUUUAGUCACUAUUUUUAGUACAUGUAUAAAGGUGGAUCCAGAGGGGACUCAAAGGGGUCCUGUGCCCCCCCACCGCAACCUGUUAGAAGUUCACUUUUUAAUGACUUGGCUUUUUUAAAUUCAUCAUCCACAAUACACAAGAUUAAAUUGCCCUGAAAACACGUCUCUCAACAUCUUUAUUUCAUCAUUUUCUUGGGAGCAUGUCCCCGAACCCUCCUAAAGAUCUAGCUACCAAAGGAAACUCAGCUCAUUUGCCUCGUUUGCCUUUGACAAACUCAUAAAUUACCCUUUUUAAAAUUUUGUGACCACCCCACCGUUACAAAUCACGGAUUUGUCCAUGUUGUAUGGUAUACUUUUCAAUGCUUGGUUACUGUGCCUUUUUUAUAUGACUUAGUUUGGAGAUCAUGUCUAAAAUAAAACCAUGUUGGUACAUCACAGGAAAACAAAAAUUAUUUGAUGUAUUCUAAAUGUUACAAAUACACUUGAGUUGUAACUGAGAGAAAAAUAAAUAGCAAAAAUUAUUUAAUAUUAGCAAAAAUGGUAUUUGUUUUAUUUUCAAGUAUUUAUGACUUAAACUAGAUGGAUUGUUCCUGCUGUUAUUGGUAGAAAUUUGCUAGAUAUCUUGUAUAGGAGUUACCUUUGUUAGUACAUGUAUAUUGUCUGUACAUCAUGAUGUAAUAAUUUAUUUGUUAACAUUGAGUCACAGUUAACUUUAUGGAUAGCUUCAGCAAAUAAAGUUGUGAAACUCA